CAUAUGCUUAUGAAAACUUUGAUACGAUGCAGGUUUAAUAUCAUAAGAUAUAAUUAUUCAUCAAUAUGUUGAUUUUGAUAAGACUUCAAAUACUUAUUUUCUUAUUUACUUAUUUUAUUUUACAGAAAAGAGACUUUGAUCAAUGCGAAAUAUGUAUCUUUUUACGAUCAUUUGAUUUUUAGAUUGCAAUGAAAUGAAUACAAAAAAAUUAAUAGACAGGACUCGUUUUGCUGGUAGCAUUUAAUUUAUAUUUUUAUAUGCCAUCAGUAUAAUUUACAGAAAAAUAGAAAAUUCAUUUCAUAAAGAUGAAACACAAUUGAAAAAAAUGACUUAAUUGUAUAAACUGCAUUUCUAAUGAUUUAAACAACACUUGUUUUUAUGAACCUGUUUUUUAUCAUAUUGUUUUAAAUGUUGUGUCAUGUACUUACAAGCGGUGAAAACAAGAUCGUGAUCCCUUUAAAUUUGGAACAAAACAUAAAAUAAUCGUGUUAUGGUGAUUUUUCAUACAUGUAGUGUUGACGCUAAAACCACAAAACAAUUAACAACGUUGGUACAACAUGUUUACAAUUCUUAUAAGUAUAAUUAUAGAUACAUUAAUUUACAUCCUUUGCCAAUUGAUACUUCGAUAAUUAACUUUGCGAAUGAUAAACAAAGGUGAAUGGUAAAGAAUAGAUGAAGACAAAAAAAUGUAGCGAAAUGUCAUCGGGAUUGUUUUCAUACGUAAAGUUUUCUUUCCUGUGCGAUGAAAUGCAGGGAAGAACAUAUUAACUGAAUGUCAAGUAUUGGAUAUUGUUAAACCCAUCGCUGUUAGAGUCAGUAGUUUUCAGAUAGUGACCGCGUUCAGUAUGCAAACGUCCACGGAUAUUCAUAAUAUGCGGAUAUUUACAUUACGAAUAAAUGGAUUUAAAAAAUAAAUGGAUUAAAAAAAAAAUCAACAAAUAUGUUUAAUAUCAAAGGAUUCGCUAUCACGAGUUUUAUAAAUAUAGGAUGUCAAAUAAAAGAAUUAAAAGUUCUCAGCAGUGGAUCCAAUGAGUUACAGGGUUCUGUGUUUUCGCAAAAAUUGUUCUAAUUUCUUUACAAUCAGAAGGAAUAGAAAAUGUUUGAUUACAGGCUUGUUCAUAAAAAAUAAUAACACUAAAUGCUAUGCAUGAGCCUUAUUUUAUAUUCAUGAGAUGCAACAAGAAUGAAGAAAUAAAUUUCCUCGAAUGGCAACAAUGACAUGUGACGAAGAUACAAUUGCGCGAAUUAUGCACGCAAAUUAUAUGGAUACCUCGGUGUACUUUUUGAUUACCAUUUCUGCUGUGGUUGUUUUUAUGGGAACAAAAACAAUGUUCAGCAAAAUUCGCAGAGACAUGGCACAAUCAACAGUGAUAAUAAUAGGAGCUGGUCCUAUAGGUUUGACUUCAGCACUUAUAGCUGUUCAGUGUACUCGUGUAAGAAAAUUAGUGCUGUAUGAGGAACAUACAAAAUCCAACGUUGAGAAGAGAAUGUAUCAGAUAACCAUACAAUCCCAAUAUGUGUUAUUUCUAAGGAGUUAUGGGGUUGAUUUUGACAACUUAGAAGGGUUAUGGCAAGAUGGAUGCUUUUACACACGGGCUGGAAUAUACCUUGAAUAUAUAUUACACAUUUUACCACUUUAUGCAACUGACAUCGAUAUGAAAUUUGGCACAAAAUUUUGUCGUGACAGCAGUGACAUAGUUGAUCAAAUAUCUGGGCGUAAGUUGGUAAUAUGUUGCGACGGAUCUUCAGGACUUGCAUCAACUACUUUAGGACUCAGUGAUGAAUGUAUAAUUCAUCCAAGUGGAAUAUUCGGAGCUGUUGCUUCUUUAGAACGUAACAAUAAAACACUAGUACCAGCACCUGAAAAACGUGUUCAUAAUCUUUCCUUCGAUAUAUCGGCGUACAAUCCUUCUGCCUUUGAGGACAAUGGAGGUUCACCGUUUACUUUGAAGGUUUUUGGAAACACAAAAUAUAGACAUUUAGCCUUAGCAAUUAACAAAUGUGAUUCAAAUGUUUUCAGGGUUUUAAGAACAGUAUUAGAUAAAUCGAUGAUGAGAAAUAUAUUUCUGAAAUGUUUCAAUACUUACAAACUGUCAGACGAAGCGAGUAUAAGUGACUCAUAUUGCCUCAACAACAUGAAGUUUAGUCCAAGAUUGUAUGAAAUUAAACUGUCACAGAAGAUCGAAAAUGUUGUUUACAUAGAAGACUGUGAUCUCUUUAUCAUAACAGAGGGCGAUGCUUCAAGAUCAUGUAACUUUAAUACAGGAUUGGAACUCAACAUUGGCUUGCAAGGUUUAACAACGCUAGAACCAUUUAUAGAGGGCGUUUCUCUCGCUGAAACAGAACAUUCUAUUAUGCAAACCCUUCUUUUCAAAAUGGAACAUUCUGAUAAGAUAUGUAAAAACCAUUUAAAGUAUGGUCUGAAGGAAUUUAUAUUUUGAUGAAAAUAUAAACUUAAAGUAUAUAUAAAGUUGUUGCACAGGGUUACCUAAAAGGAAAUAAAAUUUAAUUUACUUAUUUUUGUCGUAAAAUGUUAAGAUUAGUUAGUACAUGUUGUUUUAAGCGUUUUAUUACACUUUUAAUAAAAACAUCAGCUUUUUUGGUCGGAUGACUUUACAUAAAUAGACACACACUAUCUUUCUCUUUAAUUAGAACAAUUAAAACUGUUCUGACCAGCUUAUGUUUAGGAGUAUACAUCGUACUUAAAAUAUUAUUUAAUUUCAUGAAGGAACUACUUUAAAAGAUUA